AUGCAAUAUAAUCAAGAUCUCAACUCAAAUUUGAUCAAAUCUCUAACGUCUGUUCAUUUACCUCCACCACCUUCAUCCCAUAUGAAUCAACAGUUUAGUAUUCAUCAACAGAAUCAUACACAGGUACAACAUAAUCAAACUCAACUGGGUACAAGUUUCAUGGCGGUUCCAAAUGAAAUGGUGUUUAAUGCGAAAAUACCAUUAGGUGUCACCUCAGAUGUUAAUACCAACACGUUUGAAAUACAACAACAAACUUCAUUGAAACCUCCACCAACAAGAAGAAGUUUAACAGCUGAUGAAUUAUCACUACCGCUCACAACUCCACCACACACAGUUGCCAGAUACGAAACUCGUCCUGCUAAAACUUCUGGUAGAAAAAUUGAUGAUACUCCAACUUUGAAUGCUGGUAGAGCUAAGAAGGCCGCUGCUGCUGCCGCUGCUGUUGCUGCUGCUCAGAAUCCUUUAUCACCUCAAUAUUCCUCUCCAUCAUCAGUUAAUUUAUCUUCGGAUCCAGUGGUUCCAACAUCUAAAAAAGCUUCCAAACCACCUCAACCAUCAUUUAUUUCUAAGACUAAAUCAAACGCUUCUACACAAUCAGAUGAACCAUUUGUGAUCCCAGCACCUGAAAAUAUGCCAGUUAUUGUUCAUGAAUCAGAUACUAAACCUCCAUAUUCAUAUGCUACAUUGAUUGGUAUGGCUAUUUUAAGAGGUGAAGGUAGAAAGUUAACUUUAUCACAAAUAUAUUCAUGGAUAUCAUCAACAUUCAAAUAUUAUCGUCGUAAUGAUGUUGGCUGGCAAAAUUCCAUUAGACAUAAUUUAUCAUUAAAUAAGGCAUUUAUUAAAACUGAUAAAUCAUCAGAUGGGAAAGGUCAUUAUUGGGAAAUUGUUAAAGGUCAUGAAAUUCAAUUUGUACGAGGUAAAAAUGGUAAGAAAACUUUUACCAAUAUACAGUUUGAAGCUUCCAAAUCAACACCUGCUCCAAAACCUGAAAAAUUACAAGAACCUGUUCAAACAAACCCUUCAACAAAUAAAAGACUGUCUUCAGAUACGAAAUCAUUCAGAAUGAAUAACGGUGGUCUUUCUGAUAAAGAUGAUAGUGAUUUUGAAUCAGUUGAUGAAGAUGAAUCAGAAACUGAUGAAAUUUCUAAAACCCCAAAAUCUCAAAUAAGGUCAUUACAACCUGAUACUGAAGAAAGACCAUCGCUAAAGAAGUCACAUACUGCAAUUGGUCUGCAAAGGUUUUCAUUACCGAGAUCUAAACAUUCGUUAGAGACUGACGACGAACAAGAAGAUGAAGAAGAUGAAGAAACAUAUUCAGAAAAUGAUCAUGACUCAACUGUUCCAAGAAAGAAAUUUCAAACUAAACCAGUGUCAUUAGGUGCUGGAUCACUGAAAAAUAUCCCAUCUUUACAAGCUCCAGAUACUACAUGGGCAGCUUCAGCAGGUGGUGAUCGUGUUAUUUUUGGUCAAACCAAACCUGAAAUAAAUAUUGAAUCUCCAAGAAAUAAUAUUGAAUUACCAUUACCAUAUACAUCAUCAUUUAGUUGUAAUACUAAUUUUGAUUUAUCACCACUGAAACGUCAAGAAACUGGUCCUUUAUUAGAACCUUUGACACCAUCAUCAAGAUUAACAUCUUUCAAUACAACAACAUCUGUUACAACAGCUCCAACAAGUGUUUCAAAUUCACAACAAUCUUCACAUCAAUCACAUCCAAGUCAUGUACAUUUCAAUAAUGACUCCAAUAACAACACACAUCAAACACUAUUACCAUCAUUUGCAAGCACAGUAGCUAAAACACCACUGAGAAGUACUACAAAUAAUCAUUCUGGCUUAACAAAUAGUGGAAUUGUUGGAUCUGCUCAGGCUAAUCAUUUUUAUAAUUUCAUUAAAACUCCAACGGCUAAACUAAGAACACCAAAUUCCAAUUCAAUAAUGAGAAAGUUUUGGAAUUCACCAUCUUUUAUUGAUGAUUUUUAUACAUCACCAAGUAUACCAAGAAAUAGUGAUGAUGAUUAUCAUAAAUCAUUUUAUGGUUCACCAAAUAAGAAGUCAAAUGAUAAGAAAAAUGCUUAUUAUGAAAAUUCAGGUACAUUUGGUUUUUCAGAUUUAUUUGGUGUUGAUAUUUGUUCUGUUGUUAAAAGAGCUGUUGAAAGUGUCAAUGAAAAACCUGAAGAAGAACAUGAAAAACAUAGUUCAAGUACAAUUGAUCAAAAUGGUUCAACAACAGAUGAUGAUUUUGAAGGUAACACUACAGUAUGA